AUGGAGGAGGAACCAAAGCCCAAUUAUCUCAUACAAGGAGGCAUGUCUCUGAGGAGAGGCGGAAGACGGGCAAAUAAGCACUUGAUGAAUGGUAGAGGAACUGUUGACUAUAGUGAUGAAGACUCCUCUGAUGAAGACUCAGGUAUCUAUGCAGAAAGCACACGUAAUUCCGCCUGGAUCUGUGUCACAGAUGAAGGAACACUUCCACGGCGCACAGCAUCACCUGCCAAACACUUACCUUCAAUUUGUGAUGUGGAAGAUGUUGAAGAAUCAAGUACUGAAUGUCCUUCAGCAAGUAAACCAGAUGACAAUGAAGUGUUUACAGACAACAAAACUAAUGACCAAGUGCCUUCUAAUCAUAAACGAACCGAGUCUAAUGCAACCACGGUUUCAGAAAACAGCUUCCGGAGACAAUUCUUACACAGAAAUAAGAAAGUUGUUCUGAGAAAAGACAGUCAAACUGAGUACCAGAGAUUUUCUGCUAAAUUUUUAGAGUGUGAAGAAGUGAUGGAUUUAACCAAAGAUGAAGAUGAUGAAUUUGGGUUACACAUCUUGGAUAGUCACCCAACCAUUGUUACCUCAGUGGAUCCAGGCAAUCCUGCUGAGAAAGCUGGUAUCAGGAUGGGCCACAUUCUUGUUUCUGUGAAUAGUGUAAAUGUUUUGGAGUCAUCUCACGAGGAAAUUAUUAGACUCAUUCAACAAUCCAAAAACAGCGUCUCCCUGUCUGUUGGCUUAAGUAAUGUCUGCUACAGUCGUGAUCUUGAAGCCCCGGUAAUGACUGGCUACAUGCUAAAACUAGGAAACAGCCAUCUGCCUCUACUAAAGAGGGCAGCUUGGAGGAAAAGAUGGUUUGUCCUCAGAAAGGACAACUGCAUGUAUUAUUACAAAUCAGAAAAGGAAGACACACCCCUAGGUGCAUUCCCUCUAGCAAAUUAUUGUAUCUCUCGAUACCUGGACACCAAUAAGGACUAUUGCUUCAAGGCAGAGAAAUAUGGAUCCAGAACAUACUACUUUAUGACAGAAAGUCGAGAAGAUAUGAAUAGGUGA